CGGAACGGUCGUUGACUUGCGUGUUGAAAACUGAAAUUGAUCGAUGUUGCAUCAGUCGAUCGUGGGAUUCCUCCGUGCUCUGGAAGUUAGAAGCUCAACUCUCCAAUUCACAGACCCUGGGGCUUAAGAUGACGUGGUCCCUUGUGGGGAUCUGCAUCAUUAUAUUGUGUUUGUCAUCACUCGUAGAGGUUCGCUCUGAUUCGCUGUGCACCGAAAAAAUCCCAACCAGGAGAAAUGAGAGCAACUGUAAUGCUUACUGCAAUUCUCGGUGGGGCAAAGCCACUCUGGUAAAUAAGCCGUGGGCAAUCGGAAGGUGUCAACAGGACAAAGACGUAAAUCAAACGUAUUGUACGUGCAGAUUCAAUGAUAAAGACCUUCAAACGUUUUUUCCUACAAGAUGCAUUGCUACCGGAACCUAUGCACCAUUGAGCACAAAAAAAGCGUUGGCUGAAGAAGAAUAUCAGAGUCAAGUUUCUCAAAUGAAAGUGGAAAAAGUAUUUGCCUUAUACAUCACGGCCUACGGAAAAAAGUACCGAUCAAAAGAAAAACAAAACAGAUUCGAGAUUUUCAAAGCUAAUUUGAACGUGAUAAAAACGUUAAAUGCUGAGAACAGGCGAAGAGGCAAUCCAGGCAAUCUUCUUUUCGGCAUUGGCCCUUUCACCGAUCUAACUAGUGAAGAAUACGUGUCGUACAUGGGAUUCCUGGAGAGGUCUCGGGUCGUGGUCGAGCCGAUCGGACAAAGCCUCGCGCCUCGUAUGCUGGAUCGCUUUUGGAAGUCAGAUAGUUCCAAAAAUCGCGGUUCCGGUUCUAUGCCCAGGAGGGAACGAUCACACUCCCCAGCUCCGACCCCCAAACGAAGUAAAUCCCGGGACAGGAAAAGCGGGGAUCAACCCGGAGAUGACAAUAAGUCCAGGGGUUGGUGGGGUCGCUCCAAAGAUGACCCCAAGUCCAGGAGUCGCUCCAAAGAUGAAUCCACGUCCUGGUUCCGCUCCAAUGAUGGCUCCAAGUCCAGAGGACGCUCGGAGAAAAAUGAUGCCUCCAAUCCGAGGGGUCGCUCGUCCUCCGUUCCGGUCAAAAACGCUCCUCCUUCGCUGUCACGAGAGAAUCCGUCGAGGUCAAAGUCAGCACCUCCGCUGAGGCGGAGGAAGAGAGAUCGCCUUUGGGUCGGCAUGGACCUACCUGCUCCCGACCCUUCUUCUGAUCCGCCUCCGGAAUUUCCACCGGAACCGGUCAAUAACCCUACUUUCACCAAUCCAACCCAUCUCGAUGGGCCUGAGCCCGAAAGUUCCAGCUCCACAGCUGCCAGCACGUCUAGAGCGCGGGUGACUCCCUGGAUUGGCAAGGAUCCCGAGGGAGACCCCGAGAUGGACUGGCGUGAUCCCGCGGAUAUCUACCCGGAGCCACGAAAUCAGGUUGUGGGGGAACACAGAUGUCGAAGUUGUUGGGCUUUUGCUGUGCUUGGAGCUGUCGAGAUCCAUUGGGCAUUGGAUGAAAACAAGGUCACUCAACUCUCCGCACAAGAUCUGGUCGAUUGCGUGGAGAAAAACUCUGGCUGCGCGGGUGGUAAUAUAGACGUCGCACUGAAACACAUGUUUUUCCACGGAGUGUCAAAAGAAGAGGAUUACCCUUACAAGGCCGUAACGGGUGAAUGUAACAAACGAAUCAAACGGUAUUUGAAGAUCGAAGAUUUCGAGAGGGUAAAAACUCUGAAACAAAUUGAAGAUACAGUGGUCUACAGCCCCCUUCCAACAUCCCUACAUUCACCAAAAGAACUCCAACAUUACGUAUCAGGCAUUUACAACUCGGAUAAUUGCUCUAAUGAUGCGAAUGUCAUCAAUCACGCUGCAACUAUUGUUGGCCAUUACGAAGAGGCAUGGAUUGUACGGAACACCGCGGGUCCUAAUUGGGGUUUACAGGGUCACUACUUGGUCGAGAAAGGAAAAUGUGGAAUAGGCAUUGACACGUAUGCAGUCUACAGCCCUUAUGAGAUAGAGGAUCAGCAGUAAAGCAGUCCUUAGCCUUCAGAAAAACCAGUCUCGUUCGUUCAACGCCUCUUGACGCCUAUUGUGCUUCAUUAUCGCAUUUGUAAUGAUUACCACAAAUUAUUUUUUAUACAAUUUUUAAA